CACCACGUCCAGCCCCCACAUUGCUUCUGGCCUCCGUGGUAGACCUAGUGGGAGGAAUUUAAAUAAAGGAAAUCACUCCGGUUUUGGCUACCAGUGAUCCUAAAUCCUGGCCCUCCCACUUUAUUUACUGCUUUCAUCGUAAAUUGAGGUUGUGAAACCUUUUUCACAUGAAUCCAUAUAUGAUAGAGACUGCACCCCACCCUGCCCCGGCUUAUAAGGAAAUCCUGUGGACUCAGAAUUUAUCUUCAUUUUUUUUUUUUUUACAACAUGGGGUCUCUCUAUGUUGUCCAGGCUGGUCUCAAACUCCUGGACUCAGGCAAUCCUCCCACUUCAGCCUCCUGAGUAGGUGGGACGACAGGCACAUGGCACUGUGCCUGGCUUUAAAAUACCUUUUUAUCACAAAAUUGUUUUACUUAUUAAUAGAAAUUUCAGGGAAAAAGAAUCCAUUGUUCUACCACUUGAUUUUAAUAUCAAACCUAUUAAUAUAUUAUUAAACCUGAUUUUUUUUUUUUUUUUUUUUUUUAGUUUCACUCUUGUUGGCCAGACUGGGAUGCAGUGGCACAAUCUCGGCUCAUCACAACCUCCGCCUCCCAGGUUCAAGUGAUUCUCCUGCCUCAGCCUCCCAAGUAGCUGGGAUUACAGGCAUGCGCCACCAUGCCCAGCUAAUUUUGUGUUUUCAGUAGAGACAGGGUUUCUCCAUGUUGGUCAGGCUGGUCUCGAAUUCCUGACCUCAGGUGAUCUGCCUGCCUCUGCCUCCCAAAGUGGGAUUAUAGGUGUGAGCCACUGUGCCCAGCCUAAACCUGAUCUUAAUGAUCAAACCUGACCUUGAUAUUUGGGUGAACUUCUCACCUGCCUUUAAUUCAUAUAUAUAUAUAUUUUUUAGAUGGUGUCUUGCUCUGUCGCCAGGUUGGAGUGCAGUGGCACGAUCUCGGCUCACUGCAACCUCUGCUCCCGGGCUCACUGCAACCUCUGCUCCCGGGUUCAAGCGAUUCUACUGCCUCAGCCUCCCAGGUAGCUGGGACUACAGGUGCACACCACCACGCCCAGCUAAUGUUUGUAUUUUUAGUAGAGGUGGGGUUUCACCAUGUUGGCCAGGAUGAUCUCGAUCUCCUGACCUCAUGAUCCACCCACCUCAGCCUCCCAAAGUGCUGGGAUUACAGGCGUGAGCCACCACGCCCAGCCUAAUUCAUACAAUUUUAAAGAAAACAACAGCGUAAAUGCAGCAGGAAGGUUUUGCUGCCUCGGCUUUAGGGAGCCCCCUAGACAGCGAACGGCCCCUUUGCGUGCAGAAGUCGGGGAAGAGUGCUCUCAGCUCGCCUUCCUUGCAAGAUGCCGGUGCAGCUGACGACAGCCCUGCGUGUGGUGGGCACCAGCCUGUUUGCCCUGGCAGUGCUGGGUGGCAUCCUCGCAGCCUAUGUGACGGGCUACCAGUUCAUCCACACAGAAAAGCACUACCUGUCCUUCGGCCUGUAUGGCGCCAUCCUGGGCCUGCACCUGCUCAUUCAGAGCCUGUUUGCCUUCCUGGAGCACCGGCGCAUGCGGCGUGCUGGCCAAGCCCUGAAGCUGCCCUCCCCGCGGCGGGGCUCGGUGGCACUGUGCAUUGCCGCAUACCAGGAGGACCCUGACUACUUGCGCAAGUGCCUGCGCUCGGCCCAGCGCAUCUCCUUCCCUGACCUCAAGGUGGUCAUGGUGGUGGAUGGCAACCGCCAGGAGGACGCCUACAUGCUGGACAUCUUCCAUGAGGUGCUGGGUGGCACCGAGCAGGCCGGCUUCUUUGUGUGGCGCAGCAACUUCCAUGAGGCAGGCGAGGGUGAGACGGAGGCCAGCCUGCGGGAGGGCAUGGACCGUGUGCGGGACGUGGUGCGGGCCAGCACCUUCUCGUGCAUCAUGCAGAAGUGGGGAGGCAAGCGCGAGGUCAUGUACACGGCCUUCAAGGCCCUCGGCGAUUCGGUGGACUACAUCCAGGUGUGCGACUCUGACACUGUGCUGGAUCCAGCCUGCACCAUCGAGAUGCUUCGAGUCCUGGAGGAGGAUCCCCAAGUAGGGGGAGUCGGGGGAGAUGUCCAAAUCCUCAACAAGUACGACUCAUGGAUUUCCUUCCUGAGCAGCGUGCGGUACUGGAUGGCCUUCAACGUGGAGCGGGCCUGCCAGUCCUACUUUGGCUGUGUGCAGUGUAUUAGCGGGCCCUUGGGCAUGUACCGCAACAGCCUCCUCCAGCAGUUCCUGGAGGACUGGUACCAUCAGAAGUUCCUAGGCAGCAAGUGCAGCUUCGGGGAUGACCGGCACCUCACCAACCGAGUCCUGAGCCUUGGCUACCGAACUAAGUAUACCGCACGCUCCAAGUGCCUCACAGAGACCCCCACUAAGUACCUCCGGUGGCUCAACCAGCAAACCCGCUGGAGCAAGUCUUACUUCCGGGAGUGGCUCUACAACUCUCUGUGGUUCCAUAAGCACCACCUCUGGAUGACCUACGAGUCAGUGGUCACGGGUUUCUUCCCCUUCUUCCUCAUUGCCACGGUUAUACAGCUUUUCUACCGGGGCCGCAUCUGGAACAUUCUCCUCUUCCUGCUGACGGUGCAGCUGGUGGGCAUUAUCAAGGCCACCUACGCCUGCUUCCUUCGGGGCAAUGCAGAGAUGAUCUUCAUGUCCCUCUACUCCCUCCUCUAUAUGUCCAGCCUUCUGCCAGCCAAGAUCUUUGCCAUUGCUACCAUCAACAAGUCUGGCUGGGGCACCUCUGGCCGAAAAACCAUUGUGGUGAACUUCAUCGGCCUCAUCCCUGUGUCCAUCUGGGUGGCAGUUCUCCUGGGAGGGCUGGCCUACACAGCUUAUUGCCAGGACCUGUUCAGUGAGACGGAGCUAGCCUUCCUUGUCUCUGGGGCUAUACUGUAUGGCUGCUACUGGGUGGCCCUCCUCAUGCUGUAUCUGGCCAUCAUCGCCCGACGAUGUGGGAAGAAGCCGGAGCAGUAUAGCUUGGCUUUUGCUGAGGUGUGACAUGGCCCCCAAGCAGAGCGGGUAAAGUGCAAUGGGUAAGGGAGGGAAAGGGAAUGGAAAAGAAAAGACGGGGUGGGAGGGAGGAGGGAGUGCUGUGUUUUAGUCUCUUAAUGGUCCAAAGGACAAAUCUAAAAUGCAAAGAACGGUGACGUAGUAUGGCCUGACAGCUCUGUUUAGAGGAGGCAACACUGAUCCCCCAGGUGCAGGGCUGCAGGCGAUUCUGUUUUCAGACUGCCUGUCUGCUUGCAUCUGCACAUAGGCAGUAGCCUCCCCCUGGGCUCCAGAGGGCACUCAGAAGCGUGCUAAACCAAGUAAGUCCCAUUCAGUGGCAACUUGUGAUAGGUACCUGAGUGAUGGCAACCUGUGGAAGGAGGUUCUCCCAGCCCAUCUGAACACAACCAGAGGUGGCAGGAGAAUUUCUAUUGAGCGAGCUGGGCCGGUUAGUGUAUGUCACCCCCACCCCACCCCUCAGUAGUCAUCAAUGCAAUAAGAUUGCGCCUGAGAUACAAGGCCCAGAAGCCUGAUCUUUGGGCAUCAGAAAACAGGGUCCAGGAAUGGUGCUUCAUGUGAGAUACCCCACUCCACAUCAACAUUCCAGGGAUGAGCCAAACCAGCAGGGAGUUAGCACUGAACUGCUUUUAAAAGUGUACAUUAAAAAGGAAAGUUUGCCAGGAGGAACAAAGAGAUUGUGGUGGUGCUAAAGGAGGCCAUAAGCAAUACAGAGGCCUUGGGUGUUCCACCUGGAAACUGCUCAGACGUCUAGAUGGGUUCUUAGCUUGUCUGUGAUCUCUGCUGGGGAGAUAAAAAGAUUAAGCCCCAACAUGUUCAGAAAAGAAGUGAAGUCUUGGGUAUUUUAACCCGUAUACUCUUGAAUUCCUCUCAAAUUCAGCUCUGAUCUGAGGCUAAGACACACUCCUCACUUCACUUUCUUCAAAGCCACAUUUUUUGAGGUAUCACUGCAGUCACCUCUUCUACCCUCAUCAUCAUGGGUAAGAAGUUUUUCAAGGUGGCAACUGGGGCGGAGCCCCGGCUCUUACAGAAGCUUCAGCAGGAGGCAAGCGUGUUCUCAGCACAUAUGGAAACUAUGAGGAGCCUCUGAUCAAAUUGGCUACAAUCUUGGAGCUGCUUGGACGGAUUCCUUGGCAGCCGGGUUAGCAUGUGUGACUUUCAGGCUACUGUUCUUGACAAUCAUCUCCCAUGGAAAGCUUUUCAGUGUUCCCAAAGUGAACUCUCAAAUCCAAAAUGGUUAUCUUUGAGACCAUCCAUUCUCCUCAGUGGCUUCUCCAGGGAAUUCUUACAGCCAAGUUGUGACAGUCACUGCAUUUGCUUGCUUCUUUCCAGAAACCAAACUAGGAGAUGAAACUGGUUCCUACAUCCUAAGGUUCUUGCUUUCUCUCUCAUGCCUCCUGAGGCUGUUUUUGGCUGUUUUCCCUCUGCUGCUUUUGGGGAAUGAGGGGAAACCAUUUUCCAGUGACUUGCAAUCCAGGCUGUUCUCAGCGUUUUGAGUUUAAAACCUGGGAUCCUGACUAAGCCUUUGACUUAAGGGUUGCUUGCUUGCCCUCCAAAUGUCCUUUCUCAGAGGGGCCAGCUAACCCGUGCAGAACCAGCACUAAGGUGGACAGCAGACGAGAGGGCAAGCCUCUAGUGUACCUAGUGCUUCCUACAAAGACGCAAGGUGUGCUCUGAGCCACAGAUGGGCAAACCCUGGUGCUUUCCUUCAUCUCCCAUGAACUCAAGGGUUUUCCAAGUGUAGCUAACAGCUGCCACAUCACACAGACCUCGAGUUUCUGGUAAGACUGCUGGUUGACAUCAGACCCAACCCAUGAAGGCUGGAAGGCAGCAGGCAUUUGCUAAGGCAGCUGAUCCAGGCAAUCGUUCUGCUGGCCAAGAAGUAAACUAAACUAUUUUGAGCAUUAGAAUGGAGGAAAUCUGGUCAGCCAAGUGCAGAGUUCAGACUUCGCUAAGGGCUUGUUUUUCUUCAGCAUUUACUUGAAGAUGAUUAAGGUAGGAGGACAGGCUCUCCUGGCUGUCCUACCAUCAGCUCUGCCUUGCACUGUGGUCAUCAACUUUCCUCAAAUCAAAACAGGCAGGUACAGGUAAUGGGCUCACAACGUUUGACCUCGACUGGUUUUUCUAAGUUAUUUUGUACAUUUUUCAGCAGCAAAACCAAACUGGGUCUUCAGCUUUAUCCCCAUUUCUUGCAAGGGAAGAGCCUUUAUACAAUUGGAUACAUUUUGGUUUUUCGUCACUGAGAAUUCGAAUCCUCUUUUGUAUUGUUUCUACAAUAAUUUGUAAACAUAUUUAUUUUUACCCUUUUUUUUUAAUUUUCAGGUCAAGUUUUUUAUACUGCACUUAUUUGUCAAAAUAAAGAUUCUCACAUAUGCUGGUUA